UCAGAGCUCGGCUGGAAUUGCUUUUUGAGGGUAUACGACUCCUCCGUGCAUAUAAUGGGGGAGAUGCUGAAACCUGCUCCGCGUGGGCUCAAGCGUUCCAUUCUGGAAAAUAUUCAACUUUCUCGAAGCAUCUCUCUGCGUAUAUCAAGAAACGAUGCCGUCAUUGAAUAGCGACUUUGGCCUCAUAAAUGGGGAGUGCAGCGACCUUGGAUUUGGUCGCCCAAUUCUCCAAUCUCAAAAUCCCAACGGGGUGACGAUUUUCCCCCAGAAGCCUAACCCUGCCCUUUUUUCGGUGAAGAUAAUUGUUUAUGCGGCGAUGAUCAGCUUGCAAAAUGUUCUGCUCGAAUCCCCUUGUGCUGUAGCCAUAUCUGGAGGGGGGGUAAUCACUGAGGCGCGCCAAAAAGCUGUACAGGCGGCGAACGGGAUGGCGGCGUUGCUCAAGCUUGUAAUAUCCCCGUCCGCGAGCGUGACGGGUCAGAGCCAAACGGAGGCCGUCUACUCCCCUAUUCCUACUGUCUACAAAGAUGUCUCGCUCUUGCCUCAUGUUUUGGACGCCUCUGUCGUGAUGGCGCACGAGAUCCAAAGAUGCCAUAUUUCUCCCACCAACGAAGCCGAGCCUGGCAGGCUAGUAGGGAGCCUUGAACUCUUCCGAACUCUAGUGAUUGUACUGCGGGAUUUAGGGGCAUCUGAUCCAUCGAUAUCGAUAGGUAAGUUUUAUAGCGUCGCCUUUCUGCACAUGCUAAUGAGCCCACCAAUAGGCGAUGAAGUACAAAGGCUCAUCGGGGUCCUCCCUGAUCGCAUUCGCGCAUUACUAGAUUUGUCGCCGCUUGCCAGCAUGGGACAUUGCGGAAGUUGAGCUACAUCAUAUGUAAUAUAAUUACUUAUAUCGUGUGUAGUGUACCCUUAUGCAGGAUUCCACAGCUUUGACAUAACAUAAAGGCGGUGCUUUCGGUCAGUAGCUCGAUUGAGUGGCCAUGUUAUUCCAGGCAGUGGAGUUGAGAAAAGGAGAUCCUGAUCGAACAGACGUGAGAAUCUUCGACGACCCCCUGCUGGACCGUCCAAAGUGGAAACACAAGAGACACUGGGCUACGCUACAGCUCAAGAGUGACUGGAAAGCCACUCAUCUAAACACACAAGUGACCGGGUAUCGGGACUCCUCGCAGUUCCCCACGUCUCACUUUCAGCCUUUCGGACUCGGAGUGAGCCUUACGCGAUCUAUGGAGGUCCGCAUUAUAUUAGAACCGAGUCAGUACUGUAUGCUCCACUAUAUACUCUACCACCUCUUAAUUCGGCGUUUUGUUUUCUGU